ACGGUGUGACAGUAGACGGCGGAGUAGUCCAUUCCCCAGCCCUCCCAUCCAUGUGCCCCUCAUCAAAUGAUUCAUCGCAACGUGUGGAAAACCCUUCCGGGUUCCCGCUCCAUUUCCUGUGCUGGGAGAACAGUGCGGGCGUAGAGCGCACAGUGUACGGAGCUCAGCCUCCACCCGAGGAUGAACAUGACGGUCCCACGGCUAGCCCUGCUGCUGUGUGUCCUGGCCUGUGGAGCUGUGGCCAGUUCGGUGUAUAGGAGGGAGCAGGACGGCUCCCUCACCACCAUAGACAGCAAUGGGACCAGCACCGCGGAGACCCCCGCCACACACGGCAACGACACCGCCAAGGUGACCCGCUUCAGCUCCAUCAGAGAGUACAUGCCCACCAUCAAGAGUGUCUUCAUCUUCGUGUGCGGCUUCAGCUCCCUCCUCAUCAUCUGCCUCAUCGUCAAAAUCUUCAGUUCCUCUGAGAUGCUGAAGGAGGCUUCAUCCUGGCACCAGGCGGUGAAUAACAUGGGCACCCCAAGAACCGUACACCGUCAUUGA